AUGUACGCCGCUCAGAAUAUAACGCCAACAGUUUUGGAUGCCAUGAACGGAAAUGUUUCCGAAUGGUAUAACGAAUGCGACAAUGCCAUUAGAAGGUCAGAAAUAGUUCCUGGAACUUACGAAUAUACAACUGCUGUUUCUUAUGGAAACGUAGGUGAGUUUGGAGAAGGUUCUUCAACAACAGUAGAUAUUGCUUGCGACAGGUUUCAUAUUCUUUCUAUUGACAACUCAUUCUUAUACGUGGAACAAGACAUUGAAAUAAAACCUUCUGCCAAGUUGUCUGACAAGAAAGGUUGCAAUGGAAUUUUCUAUGUCGGAUACCAAUAUGCUCCAGAAGUUUUCAUGGGAUAUAAGAUAUAUUCUAACUCUGACUUAGUUCAAACAGUAACAUGGGCAAACUAUGAAUGGUUCGCUUUGAGAAACUCAGUACAACCACAAGCUAGAGAACAAACAGACCAGUAUGCAACUAUUGAGAAAAUAAGAAGACUUGACCCUAACGUUCCAGGAGUUUAUGUUAACCUUUCUGGACAAACUGCAGCAGCAGUAACCAAAGUAAAACUGAAACUUAGAGUUCCUUUGUCAUCUUUCCUCAUCUUCAGGUUUUUAAGAUACUUGCCAAACUGGGCAGGAAAAAUUUCUAUCGAACUUACUCCAAGCAAAAAUAACUUAGUCAUUGCACCAACACAAGACCCAUUCAGCAUUACUGUAGCUGGAACUGGUGGAGCCAAGUUCUGUGACUUUUGCAAAGACAAAGUUGACUUAGACUUUGGUUUCUCAAACCUCAACACUGAAGUAAACUAUUAUUUCAAUGCUGCUGGAGAUGCUUGGGACCCAGUUAAGUUCACAUGCGAACAGUUUGAAUGCAAGAGAAUAGAAAGCAGACUUGCAGUCUAUAUGUUGGACCCAGAUAUUUCAAAUGCUUUAGCUGCCAAAUAUAUUGCAGUUCCACUUAU